GAGUUUGAUUCCAGAAGCCGCAACGAUGGUCAUGCGGCGAAAAUCCGUGCACUACGGAGAUCUCGAUUUGAACAAAGUGAUCAGUACUCUUGUGCAGGUAAAGCCAUGGCAAAAGAGUGUCGAUGUCUCCGAGAAUGAGAUUCGUAUGAUAUGUAUGCUAGCUCGACAAAUCUUCCUACAUCAACCGAUGUUACUCGAGCUUGAACCUCCACUCAAGAUUGCAGGUGAUAUUCACGGCCAAUACAAUGACUUGCUUCGUCUGUUUACACUUGCCGGUUUCCCUCCCGAGUCGAACUACUUAUUCCUUGGUGACUACGUGGAUCGUGGACCGAAGAGCAUUGAGACCAUCGUCCUUCUGCUGUGUUAUAAAAUAAAAUAUCCGAACAAUUUCUUCCUACUGCGUGGAAAUCACGAAGUGGCCAACCUCAAUAGGAUUUAUGGAUUUCAUGAUGAAUGUAAACGACGCUAUAGUGUGAAGCUGUGGAAGACGUUCCAAGAUGUCUUCAACUGUAUGCCCGUAGCUGCUCUUAUCGAUAACAAAAUUUUCUGCUGUCAUGGUGGUCUGUCACCGACGUUGAGAUCGCUGGACCAGUUAAAAAGGAUAGCUAGGCCGUGUGAUGUGCAAGAGACAGGACUCCUUUGCGAUAUCCUCUGGUCAGAUCCGGACUCAUCCGUUGUUGGUUGGGCACCAAAUGGACGAGGUGUAUCCUAUGUUUUUGGAGUGGACGUUUUAGCACAGUUUCUACAGAAAAUGGAUCUAGAUAUCGUUGUACGAGGUCAUCAGGUGGUCGAGGAUGGUUAUGAGUUCUUCGGUCGACGCGGUCUAGUCACAGUGUUCUCAGCGCCAAAUUAUUGUGGAGAAUUCGAUAACGCUGGAGCAGUGAUGAAUGUCGACGAAAAUUUGCUAUGCUCAUUUCAGAUCCUGAAACCAUGCAAUGAUGUGGUGGUAAAGGAUAAGCAGAGCAAUUUCGCCAACGGUUUGGCCACUCUGGUGAACAUCAAAUUGGUCGAACAGCAGAACAAACCCCAACGAAGGUUCCGACGCGGAAUGUUGUGAGAUUCGUAGCGACAUCGUCGGCAUAUCUGAUUGCUGCCUUAGCUGCUACAAGUCGAGUAGAGUCAGUUAAAUUGUUUGGUUUGCGUGUCAUUCUGUCGCGCAUUCGUAGAAAUCUACUAUUCUCUCCGAUUCUGCGCUUUACUACCUGAAUUAUGCAUCGCGAUCGAUAUCGCAUCUGAAUGCGAUAUCGCGCCGCGAUGCAAUCGCGUCGCCGUGCGAUAUCGCAUCGCGAUGCACUAUAUCGCGUACCAAUGCGAUAUCGCGCCGCAAUCAACUCCUUAUGCACAUCGGAAUUUUUGCAGAACCUUACGUUACAGAUACAUCUCCUGACCACAGUUCUUCGUUUUCGGGUACUUUAUUGUAUUCUUCUUUUUUUUUUCUCGUUCACGUAUCUAUCUAAUCAGUUCCAUUUUUGAGCUACUAUUUUCGCCCAUCCACUCUGUUGUUUCUCGUUUAGUUUUGUUUCCAUUAUGUUACCGAGUGGCACACGUGGUUUUCAUUCUCAGACUUGAGAUUCAAACAUCUGUAAAUACCAUGCCUUGAGAUUGUAAAUAAAUCAUAUCAGGU